AUGAAUAAAUUAUUAUCCAAAUUCCAUCUUCAACAAUAUUUACCAUUAUUUCAACAACAUAACAUUGACUUUAAAACUUUCUUAACAUUAAAUGGACAAGCUUUGCAAUCUAUUGGAAUUAUAAAUGAAACUCACCGAAAUAUUUUAGUAAUUUGUAUUCAAAAAUUUUCCGAAUUAUUAAUCGCCAAAGCUGCUAUAAAUGACCCAACGUUAUUAAUCACAAACGACGAUGAAACCAAUCAUUUAAUUAAUGUCGAAGAUUCAACAGAAGAUUAUUAUGAAUCGGAAGAUCAAUCCGAGGAUCAAUCGGAAGAUUUUGACGACGGAGCCACCAUAGCUACAAUGGAAGCAGUAACGAAAGUUAUUAAAGAUGAGGAUUAUGAUAUUGAAUAUAAUGUUGAUAUGGUUAAACAACAUGAAAAUGAUCACCCAAUAGUGAAAAUCAUGGAAGCAGAACAUUCUUCCGUAGAAGGUUCAGAUCAUGAGAGUAACGUUGUGCAAACGGAAAUUGUGGAAAAUGAUGAUAUAUUAAUUAAUAAAAUUUCACGUGACCACGAAAGGCAUGAAUUACCUUCUUAUUAUGAAUCAAUUAAAAAUGAUUCAAGUGAAGAUGGGAAAGAAGAAUUACCUUCUUAUUCUUGUUCAGUAGGUAAAGUUGGUUACCUUAUGAAAAAGAAUGAAAUGGUUGCCGAAGAACAAAAGGCUAAUGAUAGAUCAUGGAGAAAAAUUUAUAUUCACUUGCGGGGAACCUUCAAUUCGCCAAUGAGUCAGUUCAGCAUGUAUGGAGCCAAAGUGACUCUUGCUUUGGAUUACACGAAAAAACGUAAUGUACUACGGAUGCGACUACUUAAUGGACGUUCCUAUCUAUUUCAAGCACCCGAUCGUUGCGAAUUUAUUUCAUGGGUUGAAAAAUUACAAUCUUCUGCAAAUAUUUCAACAACAAUAGAUGAACGAGAGAUGCCAAUGUUUAUCACCUUACCUACCAGACGACGAAGAGGAGUAUCACAACAACAAUCAAGAACAUGUUCAACGUUCAAUGAUAAUAAUCGAAUCCAUCAUUCUCUAACUCAAAUGACUGCUUCAGGAUUAACGUAUCAACAUUUUAAUGAAUUAGCAAGAGAGUUUCAAGUCGUCCAAGUUGUGGAUGUAUUACCUCAACAACAAUUAUUGUGGUGA